AUCAAUCACUUCUCCUCUCUGGCUGCAUUCUUGCAGCCAUUGAGAAAUACUGUGAGAGCUGUGAUUGGUCACAGCUUGUCACAUGGUACAAGGCUGUUGUGAAUAGCCUUGUGCCAUGUGAUCUCUGUGAUCAUUCACAGAUUUCACUAGUAGAAAGCAAUUAUGUCAGGAAAUGACAUCUUGCUUAUUUACUAUUCAUGUGAUCACUGAUUGGCCAAUCAGUGAUCACAUGAUCGGGACCUCACACACAGGUCCCGUACAGCAGCUCCCAGGGAGCGUGCACAGGCUAAAAUGGCAGGCGCCAAUUAUG